AUGAGUGCCUCACACUCCGUCUCACCACACAAACGCGGUGUGCUCCCUCAGCCGGACCCCGCAUCCCUCCGUUUGCCAGAAUCACCAGAGAAACCAAAUCGAGCACUCCGUAGUACCAAAUCCCAUGCACAGCUGUCCACUCAAGCCAGUGCUCGACGAGCAGCCAUGGGCACAAAACCGUCGAAAGAACAAUUGACCUCGACCUCAACUACAAAUCUCGUCAUGCCCUCCCGCGCCCGCGCAAUCAGCGAUGCUCCUGUACCCGUCGAGCGGCAGCGGACGAACCGCAAGCCCACCAACCACUCAAUAGCCUCCUCUCACGCCCGCAAGAGCAGUCUGGAAUUGACCUUUCGCGAUGGUCCUCCUCCGGGCACAACAGCCGCCGACUCAAUAACGCUGCUCCGUAGCUCUAUCCUAUCCUCUGGAGUUACAGCCACAAAAGAAGGCAUGUCCGACUACCGCAUCUACCUCUGGCUUGCCCUUCUCAAUAUCGGUCCAUUCCCUACGGAAGAAUACCUCGCUCUCAUCCAUCGCGGCCAAUCUCCUGCAUAUAACAAAAUCCAGCAAGAUGUCUUCCGUACCCUUGCCACCGACGCCCUCUUUCAACGUCGGGUCACCAACGCUUCCCUCACCCGUGUCCUCAACGCGACUGCCUGGCGCGUACACGACGAGCAAAACACUACAUCCGCCUCCAUAAAACAAACUCUUUACGUGCAAGGCGUCAACGUCCUGUCCGCACCCCUCCUCUAUGCUUCUCGUUCCGAAGCCCAGGCCUACUCCCUCCUUACCUGCCUCCUCACCCAACACGUACCAACCUACAUUUCCCCUACCAUGUCCGGCGUGCACGCCGGCCUGGACCUAAUCGACCGCAUCCUCGCCCAUCGCGAACCCACUCUCGCAGCCUAUCUGCUCGACACCCACAGACUCCCCGCCAAGAUCUAUGCUUUCCCCUCCGUCCUCACCCUCUGCGCCUGCACGCCUCCGCUCCCUGAAGUUCUGAAGCUGUGGGACUUCCUCUUUGCCUUCGGUGUGCACCUCAACGUCAUCUGCGUGGUUGCACAGCUGCUUCUGAUGCGGCAGAAGCUGUACGAUAGCGCAAGUCCAGGCAAACUGCUGCGGAGCUUCCCCAUGCUGGACGCGGCCAAGAUCAUUGAGCAGACGCUGAUCAUUGCGCGGGAGCUGCCGGAGGACGUGUACGCCGAGGUGGUUGCCCACGGCCGAGCUUAG